ACAGCUAUGGGUAAGUCCUCCUCUAAGGAAGAAUGCCAUGGAGAUUUGGAGUCCAGCUUCACUUUAUAUUUCAAGAAAUUUAAGACAGAAAGCAAAAUCAUUCCCCAGGAAACCAUCGAUUCAAUUGAGUUACACCUGACAAAAGGAAACAUUCAGGGGGCAAACUCUGUAAUCAGUGCUGCAUUAAAAAAUAUUGAUAACAUCCCAAUAAACGUUGCUGUCACUGGAGAGUCUGGAGCAGGGAAGUCCAGUUUGAUCAAUGCCUUGAGGGGGGUGGGACCUGAAGAUGAAGGUGCAGCUGACAUUGGGGUGAUUGAGACAACUAUGAGGAGAACUGCAUACAAACACCCCAAAAUUCAAACUUUGACUUUAUGGGACCUGCCUGGUGUUGGAACUAUGAACUUUCCGCCGAAAGAUUAUCUGGAGAAAGUGAAUUUCCAAGAGUAUGAUUUCUUCAUUAUUGUUUCUGCCACACGUUUUACAAAACUUGAACUAGACCUUGCCAAAGCAAUCAAAUUCAUGAAAAAGAAUUACUACUUUGUGAGAACCAAGGUGGACAAUGAUUUACAAAAUGAGAAGAAAUCCAAAGCACGCACCUUUGACAGGAAAAACAUCCUGUUGCAGAUCCGAAACUCCUAUAUAGAUACCUUAAAGGAAAAUGGCUUGGAUGCACCAGAGAUUUUCUUGAUUUCUAACAGCAAUUUAUCUGACUAUGAUUUUCCAGUCCUGAUGGACACACUGGUAAAGGCUCUUCCUGCUCAAAAGCGCCACAAUUUUAUGCUUUCCUUGCCUAAUAUCACAGAAGCAACGAUUGACAAAAAGCACAAGUCUCUGCAGCAGACUGUCUGGUUAGAAGCCUUCAAGACUGGACUCUUAGCUACUGUUCCUGUAGUGGGCAUCCUCAGGGAUGAUGUGGAGAAGGUGAAGGAGAAAUUAAACCACUAUCGAGUCCUCUUUGGAGUGGACGAUGCAUCCCUGCAAGUCAUUGCUAAGGAUUCACAAGUGCCUGCUGAACAACUGAAAAAAAUCAUUAAAUCUCCUUAUUUGUUGGACACUAAGAAAAGGGAAACAUUAGAAGAAAAACUUUUGAAAUAUUUGGAGAGAUUUGCCUCAGUUAAUGGUGGGCUCUUGGCUACAGGUCUCUACUUUAGGAAAACCUUUUACUUACAACUUCUUCUCCUUGACACAGUGACUGAAGAUGCCAAAGUUGUCCUUAGAGAGACAUACUCAAAAAUUAGUUCAAAUUCAUGUCACCCGGAGCUACCGACCGUGGAUAAGUGUUACUCUUUCCUCAUGUUCUUGACAGGAUUUGUGGUCGUUUUUUUUGUUUUGUCUUAUCUUAGGCUUUGGGCAUGGGAUGAAGUAUAA